AUGGCGGACCCUGUCGACAAUGCUCCGUGGUAUCUACAGGAUCCAAAAGAUCCCGGGACGGUCGAGCCCUUCAUGGUGGCUUUCCGAAACCUGCAGGAGAAUGGAAGGGAACUAGAGCAAUACCUACAAGUGGAAGGUCGUCAGUUCCACAGCAUCGACUUGUGCGGGUUCAUCAAGCGCGCGUCCAUCGAGUCCCGUCGGAUCAACCACUUCUUGAUGACCAUGUCCGCACUCCCAGCAAAUGAACGACCACCCCUCCCGGCUUCUUUGGAAGAACUUAUCCACGAGUUCUGGGACAUCGACGCAAUUAUAGGCCAAGGCAUGGAGCCUGCGGUGACCACACACAUCACUGUGAAGGACUUGCAAAUUCAGCUGCUCCAGAUGGGGAUCAUCCCAGAAUUUCACUUUCCAUCCCUGACCCCACUUGACGGACAAUUCCGGCUGGCUCGUCAGUCGGUCUGGAAGAUGUACGAUAGCGCACUGGAGAGAUUCGGUCUGAAUGCAGACAUCACGCGAACCAUUGGUCAUUAUUGUGACUUCUUUACGCUUCUGGCGGCGAAAUUCGACGAGGCUGCUGCCAAGGACCAUCAUGUGCUUUGUGAAACCGCGCGCCUCGUGCUCCUGCGCUACGGUGUUCCUGGGCUUCCGGGUGGUCCGCCUCUU